ACCCCUCCCACUCCAGACUCUCAAGUCACCAAUAUAAAGACUAAAACAGUCAAGAUGCCUAAGGAGAAGACCACUACCCGCAAGACCAAGCGCGGUGUCGAGAAGAAGAAGAAGGGUAAGCUCAUUCUCUCUCUCACACUCUGGCAACCCCAGGCAAUGGCUAACAGGUGGACGGUAGACCCCAAUGCCCCAAAGCGCGGUCUCUCUGCCUACAUGAUCUUCGCCAAUGAGCAGCGUGCUGCUGUCCGUGAGGAAAACCCAAACAUCACCUUUGGCCAAGUUGGCAAGGUCCUCGGAGAGCGAUGGAAGGCUCUGAGCGACAAGCAGCGAGUCCCCUACGAGGAGAAGGCUGCCACCGACAAACAGAGAUACGAAGACGAGAAGGCCGCAUACAAC